AUGGGAAGAUCACAGGAUAACCUGAUCAACUGGGGAUACGCCGAAGAAGAGCCCUGCCAAUGUGGAGGAAAACAUGACACACCUGCUGACCUGUCCAUCUUUGCUGGCCCCAUGCACUUUCCAAGACCUGUGGUUGGCCAGCGACGCUGCAGUGAAGUGUGCCGAACACUGGAGAGAGAUGACGAGGGGUCGGCCAUUACGAGACGACACAACGCGGGCGGCAGGCAACGCCGCGGCCGUGCGGACGGCCGCAGAGGAGUUGCUGGAAUUCUGCACGGCUUGACCGCCGCUCACACGUUCCUAAAGCGUUUUUCUGCGGAGACUGUUGUUAAGAACAGUAAAAGGUCGCGGAAGGCAACCCGCGCGGCGGGCAGGCUGCUCCCACCCCACACUCGUGAGCGCGGAGUUGAAUGGACCGGCAGAGGCAGCGCCCCCACUGACUGCGCCGCGCCGCGUUGGGCUCGCCAGAGAUCGAUUAUCGCGGCGUGUCGCGGCGUGCCGCCCACGCAGCCAGCCGGCAGUGCGCGGCACGGCGGCAGCCUAGGAGUCCCGUCCCGUGCCUUGCCUUCCACCGGCCGCUGCGCGUCUCGCGCCCUCCUCCGCCAGCCGAAGUCGGCUGCGGGCAUGCAGAAGAAGAAGAGCGGCAGCGGUGGGGGCGGAGGCGGCGGGGCCGCGCGGAAGGCGCAGGCGGCGCAGGCGGCGCUGGAGGAGGAGCUGCGCGCCAUGGCCGGCUCGCCGGACGACAAGCUGGCGGCCGCCUGCCAGAGGGCGAGCCGCGCGCUCGCCGACAACGCCAGGCUCAAGGAGGUGGAGGCCCAGCUGGAGGAGCAGCUGGUGAGCACGCAGAAGGAGCGCGACCACACGCAGGUGGAGCUGCACAAGGCCAUGCGGGCCCGCACACAGCUCGAGAGCCUCUGCCGCGAGCUGCAGAAGCAGAACAAGGCCAUCAAGGAUGAGAACCUGCAGAGGAUCCGCGAGGAGGAGGCGCGGCACCGCGAGAUGACGGACAAGUUCCAGAAGAUGCUGGCCGAGAUGAGCGCGCAGGUGCACGUCAACAACAGCAGCACCAGCCAGCUGCGCGACGACAACUGCGAGCUGCAGCGCCGCUUCCAGCAGCUCGUCGAGCAGCAGCGCCUCCGCGACCAGCAAGUGGAGAAGAUGUCGAAGCAGCUUGAGCUGGAGACGCAGCUGCACAACGCCCAGAUGGCAGAGCUGAGGAUGCAGGCCAACCUGGAGAAGGAACAGCUGCUCAGGGAGAAGCAGCAGCUGCUCAACGACGUGAUGAAGUACGAGGAGCAGGUGCACGCCAUGGAACAGACGGAGGAGAACCUGCGCAGCCAGCUGGCGCUCUACGCCGAGAAGUUCGACGACUUCCAGACCGCGAUGACGCGCAGCACUUCCGUCUUCAACAAGUUCAAGGAGGACAUGGAGAAGAUGAGCAAGAAGAUCACGCAGCUGGAGAAGGAGACAGCGUCGUGGCGGAGCCGCUGGGAGAAGAGCCAUGAGUCGCUCCAGCAGAUGGCGGGCGAGCGGGACCAGCAGGGUCGGGAGCUGGAGCGCGUGACCCGGCAGUCGGCCCAGCUGGAGAAGCUGUGCCGCACGCUGCAGGCCGAGCGGCAGCUGCUCAUGAGCCAGCUCGCCGCCGUCCCAGGUAUGUCUGAUUCAGCUGACCCCGUUCCAGAGGUCAACAUGGAGGCUGCGUCGGAGGGCAACAUGGACCCUGUCGCAGAGAGCAGCAUGAACGCUGUCUCGGGGGACAAAGUGGAGACUGCCCAGGAGGGUAACAUGGAAGCUGUCCAGGAGGGAAAUGUUGAGACUGUUCCAGGCUGCAACGUAAAGGCUGUUCCGGAUGCCAAAACGGUGUCAGUACCGGAUAGCAGCAGUGAAGGAAAGACGAGCGGCGGCGAAGACAUCGACCAGUGAAGGACCGCGUGGCCACUGGAGAGAGAAAAAGUGACGAGCGCGUGUGGCGCUGUCGUCGCACCGUUUUGUCGCCCGCGCUUUGUCUACGACUCUGUAUCCAAUGUACUUUGUAAUGUACUAUAUCUAAAUUAUUCAGUACACUAUGUAUAGUCUAAUAAAAUUACUACGAAACGA